UUGACAGUUUAGUUUACCUUCUCUUGUGGAAUUCGUGAAUGUGGCAAAUGGUAUUUGUUUAUAAUUAUCGAUUAUUAUUAUAAAUGAUACACCGUGAAUUUUCUAUGCGCUUCUAAAAGUUAUUUUACGGAGAAGUUUACAAAAAGCUACCAAGAUUAGUGCCAAAAUGCAGGGCGUGAGCGCUCCUCGCGAGCAGCCUCCGCCAGUCAUCAGUACCAGCUCCACAAUCCUCAAUAUGAGGGAAAAGGAGAAAUACAUAGAAGAUUUCGACUUUCCCUUCUGUGACGAGUCUUCUAAAUAUGAAAAAGUCGCUAAAAUCGGCCAGGGAACGUUCGGAGAGGUCUUUAAAGCGCGGGCUAGAAACUCGUCGAAAAAAUUUGUUGCCAUGAAAAAAGUCCUCAUGGACAAUGAGAAGGAAGGCUUCCCGAUCACGGCUUUGCGAGAAAUAAAGAUCCUACAGCUCCUCAAACACGAGAAUGUCGUUAAUUUGAUAGAAAUAUGCAGAACAAAGGCAACAUUGCAUAAUAAAUAUAGGUCGACAUUUUACCUCGUUUUUGACUUCUGUGAACACGACUUGGCUGGUUUAUUAUCAAAUAUGAACGUUAAAUUUAGCUUGGGAGAGAUUAAGAAGGUCAUGCAGCAGUUAUUGAAUGGUUUAUAUUACAUACACAGUAAUAAGAUAUUGCAUAGGGACAUGAAAGCUGCAAAUGUCUUGAUAACCAAGAAUGGGAUUCUUAAACUGGCUGAUUUCGGUCUAGCGAGGGCUUUUAGUGUUGCCAAGUCUGGACAAGUCAAUAAAUACACAAACAGAGUGGUUACAUUGUGGUACAGGCCUCCAGAACUGCUAUUAGGUGACCGAAACUACGGACCUCCAGUGGACAUGUGGGGUGCAGGUUGCAUCAUGGCUGAGAUGUGGACACGGUCACCCAUCAUGCAGGGCGCCACUGAACAGCAGCAACUGAUCCUGAUCUCCCAGCUCUGUGGGUCCUGCACCCCGGACGUGUGGCCCGGCGUUGAAGCCCUAGACCUGUACAACAAGAUGGAACUGCCCAAGGGUCAGAAGAGGAAGGUCAAGGAAAGGCUAAAGCCGUACGUGAAGGACCCCUACGGCUGCGACCUGCUGGAUAAGCUGCUGCAGCUCGAUCCGGCUAAGAGGUACGAUGCCGACACCGCACUAAACCACGAUUUCUUCUGGACGGACCCGAUGCCGUGCGAGCUCGCCAACAUGCUCGCCCAGCACACGCAGAGCAUGUUCGAGUACCUGGCGCCUCCGCGCCGGCCCGGGCACCUGCGGCACCACCACCACGUGGCCGGAGCGGCGCCCAAGCCCCAAGCCUCCGUGCAGGACUCAGGGUACCAGGACCGCGUGUUCUGAGUCACGGGUCCAAGUAUCAGUCAUUGUCAAUAGGUUAAGGAGACGGGCAUUUUGAAAGGUUUUCUUAGAUUUGAAACACAAAACCUCCGUAUUCUUAGAUUUGGAACACAAAACACACAGUCUGAGAAAAACGGAGGUUUAGUGUUUCAAACUUUCAAACAUUGAGAUUUGAAAAUGUUAAAAUUGUAAGAUUGAAUUUUGUGUUCAUUAAUAGGCGGGUCACACACGAGCCUCGCGUAGCGUCUCGGUUUGUGCAAAAGUGCCUCGGGCGAAGCAAACGCAUACGCGGCAGCGAUGCCGCGGGCGAGGCAUGUCUCCACAGACCGAGCUGCCCCGCGCGGCAAUAUCCUCGCGAGGCGAGUCGUUCUAUGUAGACCUGCCUAAUAAAGAAACUACUAGCACAACAAACUUAGUACAUCGACCUGCCUGUCUGUUCUUCUCUAUCGUAGGCGCUAAUUAUAUUCCUGACGCGCUCAUGAUGACGGCGGUCAAUGACACUGAGCGAGCGGGACAUAAUACGCGUGCGAUAGAGAUAAGAAUAGGCGGGCCGAUGUACGGAAUUCCUCGUUCUAAGGGUCCUUACUUUAGAUAUGGUAUUAUAUAAAUACAUAUUUAUUACACAUUGAAUGUAGGUAGAUAUUUUGGAAAAUUAAUUGAAUUGAUAGUUCGACUAUCUAUUUUAAAAGACUGGUAAACAGUUGUAUGUAUGUAAUAUACAAAAAAAAGGGUUUUAUUGAUGUCUGUAACUUCCUACUGUUAUAAGUUUUAUAACUCACUCUUAAGUGGAGUCCAGACGGGGUGAUCAAAUCGACCGACAGAAAUGAAAUUGUCGUCAAUUUCCAAUUUAAUCACCAAUUUUAGAUUUAUGGUGAUAUUAGAGCCCUUCAAAUUGAAAAAAUGCCCCAAAACGAAAAUAUUGGUAUUCUUGCGUCCGCGCCCCAUUUUAUCGGUAAUAUCGGUCAUAAUCGGCGGUUGAAUUCGGCGAGACAAAUUGGCGUUUGCGUCCGUCCUGAUUUGAUCGGACAAUUUAAUCAGAUUGGCGAAAAAUUCGUCUGGACACGGCCUUGUGUAUAAACCUAUAAACUGAUUUUGUUGUUAUAUUUUGCUCUGAAUAAUACAAAUUAAUGAUUUUAUGUGAACAAAAAUACUGCCUAAAUAGAUAUAAGAGGGGAAUUAUACUUUUUUUAAAGCCUUAAUUAAUUGUAAUUUUCAUUAUUGUCAUACAUAAUAUGUGACGUUAUCUAUGAAAAGGGACCUUAUUGUCGAUGGCGCUUACGCCAUUAUUAACGAUGCUCCGAUAUAAAUAAAAUGCCGCGCGACGCUGUGCAGCGUAAGCGCCAUCGACAAUAAGGUCUCUUUUCAUAGAUAAUGCCCCAUAUUCGAGUGAUUAGAAAUAGGCAAAUUUAAAACUUAUGUUAUUAGAUAAGAUUGCUAUUACCUAUAGAUCUAUAGAAUUACAUUUCUGCAAUAAUUUUGUAACUUUCGCCAGAUACUCACAAAUAUAAAUAAACACAUCUCUAUAGGGGGUAUUACAACAAUGUUCUGCCGCCAGAGUGCAGCAUAAGCAUAUAUUGUAAACCAUAGAGUAAUUUAUACAUACCUACUAUGCCCUUAAACAGUUUUUUGACAAGUUUUCACUAUGACAAUGAUGCAUCAAGGCGGUUUGUUUACAGAGAGCGGUAGGCCCUCAGUAUGUGCUAGUGGCGCUCACUACGCAGAGUUUUGCGUAAUAUUCCCUAUAACCAAGGCUUAAGAGUGCGUGUUCAGAUAUUUAUGAGCAUCUUGGCCGCUCCGAUAUAUCUGAUGGUGACUGUACAUCUAACUGUAAAAGUAAGCCGACUUUGACUUUAUGAUUCUUCAUCGUUAUGAUAUUAUAAUAUUGUUGAUAAUAAACCCGUGUAUAGUAAGAGUUUUCUGAAAUGAUUUUUACGCCUAAGACAACAAAAGCCAUUGUUUCUUUUGUGCGAGCGGUCAGCUCCCGUGUUCAGCGCGUGCCAAAGCAACAAUGUCGAUUAAAAAGCGGCUGUAUCGUGGUGAUUUUAAGGUUCAAAUCUAUGUAAUAAUAUGAGCGCUCGCUUACAUUGAGGUGGUCGAUCGUCGUGUUAAUACCAAAACGUGUUAAGAGCUCUGAGCUAUUACAUAGAUUUGAACCUUAAAACUAUCACGAUAAUGCUGCUUUUUAAACGUCUUGCUUUGGCACGCGCUAUACACGGAAGCUGACCGCUUGCACAAAAUAAACAAUGGCUUUCGUUUAUUAUGCGUAAAAAUCAUUUAA